UUUUAGCUGCUUGGUGAAAGCCAGGACUCAAUGACGUAAUGAAGCUGCGUCUGGUGCAAACUAAAAGGAAGGCAGAGAAAGUAACACUGCCUGGUUUAUGGCAACACGACGGAGUUCCCAUCAUCUGAUAAAUAUAUUUCCAGUAUAACAAUACCAGAUCCCAUAGAAUACACAAACAUGCACACUUUUCAAUGACACCUAACUUGGCCCGAUUGCUCUCCCGCAUUCGGGAUUGAAAUCGGUUUAUUAAGUUGCGUGUUUAUGUAUUUUAAACCCCUUUAAAAAAAAAAAGAAAAAAAAAAAGUAAGAAAAGAAACGUACAAAUCCUGCUGGUGGGAACCCUGGAGGGUGGAGAAAGAUGGACGGGAAUUGUAACAGUUUUGCUUCAGGAACUGGGGAAAUCAUCCAGCUGAACGUCGGUGGCACAAGGUUCAGCACCUCAAGACAAACACUAAUGUGGAUUCCAGACUCCUUCUUCUCAAGUUUGCUCAGUGGGAGAAUAUCAACUCUAAGGGAUGGAACUGGAGCAAUAUUUAUUGACAGAGACCCAACAGCAUUUGCACCUAUUUUAAAUUUCCUUCGAACCAAAGAAUUAGAUCUCCGGGGAGUGAACAUUAAUGUUCUCCGACAUGAAGCUGAGUUUUAUGGAAUAACACCAUUAGUACGAAGGCUGCUGUUAUGUGAGGAACUGGAUCGAUCAUCAUGUGGCAGUGUUCUCUUCCAUGGAUACCUCCCUCCACCAGCUAUUCCCAGUCGUAAGGUCAGUGCUGCUUCAGCACCAGCACAACCAGCAGCUCCAGCAGCAGCAGUCCUUCCACCAGAAGAAAGAGCUGGGCAGAGCGUUUCUGAAGGGGGGGCUCCAGGGAGCUGUCUACAGGCCAUUUUGGGUGGGGUUGGGGCUGCAGAGGGACCAGCGAGGCUUGGUUCCCCUGUGGAUCCACGGAAAGUGCUAAUAGUUGCAGGCCAUCACAACUGGAUUGUAGUUACAUAUGCACAUUUUGUGGUUUGUUACAGUAGGAUAAAGGAGUCCUCAGGCUGGCAGCAGGUGUUCUCCAGCCCCUACUUGGACUGGGCAAUUGAGCGUGUGGCUCUCAAUGCAAAGGUGGUGGGCGGGCCCCAUGGGGACAAGGAUAAAAUGGUGGCUGUGGCAUCCGAAAGCAGCAUCAUCCUGUGGAGCAUCCAGGACGGGGGCAGCGGCAGUGAAAUAGGUGAGUUUAGCCUAGGGGUUCCAGUGGAUGCCUUGUUCUUUAUUGGGAAUCAGCUGGUCGCUACGAGUCACACAGGGAAGGUGGGGGUGUGGAAUGCUGUUACGCAACAUUGGCAGGUUCAGGAUGUUGUCCCAAUUACAAGCUAUGACACCGCAGGAUCAUUCCUCUUGUUGGGUUGUAACAAUGGAUCCAUAUACUACAUUGAUAUGCAAAAAUUUCCUUUAAGAAUGAAGGAUAAUGAUCUACUGGUGACUGAGCUUUACCACGAUCCAUCAAAUGAUGCCAUCACUGCCCUGAGUGUCUAUCUCACACCCAAGACAAGUGUGAGUGGGAACUGGAUUGAGAUUGCCUAUGGUACCAGCUCUGGGACAGUGAGAGUGAUUGUACAACAUCCAGAAACAGUGGGGUCCGGUCCUCAACUCUUCCAGACCUUCACUGUCCACCGCAGCCCUGUCACCAAGAUCAUGCUCUCAGAGAAACACCUGGUAUCAGUCUGUUCAGACAACAACCAUGUGCGAACGUGGACUGUGACUCGAUUCAGAGGAAUGAUUUCCACCCAGCCUGGCUCCACACCUUUGGCCUCAUUCAAAAUUUUGUCCCUUGAAGAAACUGAGAGCCAUGGCAGCUACUCAUCUGGAAACGAUAUUGGUCCUUUUGGAGAGAGAGAUGAUCAACAGGUUUUUAUCCAGAAAGUUGUCCCGAUAACAAAUAAACUCUUUGUGCGACUUUCUUCCACCGGAAAAAGAAUCUGCGAGAUCCAAGCUGUGGAUGGCACCACAAUUUCCUCCUUCACAGUGAGGGAAUGUGAGGGAUCGAGCAGAAUGGGGUCCAGGCCACGCCGAUACCUCUUCACAGGCCAUGGAAACGGAAGCAUUCAGAUGUGGGAUCUAACAACUGCCAUGGACAUAGUGAACAAGGCGGAAGAUACGAAAGAAGUUGAGGUGGGAGGCCCCACAGAAGAAGAACUGUUGAAACUUUUGGAUCAGUGUGAUCUGAGUACCUCUCGUUGUGCUACCCCCAACAUCAGCCCAGCUACCUCAGUGGUACAGCACAGUCGAUUGCGAGAGUCUAGCUCCAGUCUGCAGCUGCACCCUCAUGACACAAUACCAGAGACGGCUACAUAUGGAGCAGUGAGACCAUACAGGGAGAGCCCCCUUCUGGCCAGAGCCAGGCGGACUGAGAGCUGUAACAGUUACAAGGACUUUCAGUCUUUUAACCUGGGUAUUAAUUUGCUGGAGAGGGAAAGUGCUGAGCAUGGGAGCUUGUCCCUCAUGCCUUCUUUGGAGGUGAGGCGGACUACAGCAGAGACCAGUGCUUUGGCCAAGAAAAGCUCAGCGGUAGAGGUUUGGACAAACAGGGCCUCAGACACAGUCCCAGAUUCCACCAAGGCACCACUGGAAAGCCCUGGGGAAACCAAGAAAAAGGGCCGGGAUGAAGAAAUGGACCUAAAGCAAGAGAUAAAGAAGAGGAGCACGUUUGAUGGAGGGUUCCUGGGGAGGAAGAAAGCAUCUCCAGUGCCUCCGCUCACCUCCCCAACCUCGGGAGCAGAAGGAGGGAGCGAGUCAUCUGGCACCGCCUCUGCAUCUCCAACAAAAGUGGCUACAUCCCCAAGACAUAAGAAGAAUGACUCCUCUUGUCAGGAGUACAGUUUGUAAAUUAGGAAAGUAAAUUAAUACAUAAAAUCAUCUUAAAUGAAAGCACUGUUUUUUACUUAAAAUACCAGGGUGCCAUUGAAAAUGACCACAAGUGCACCCUUCAGGAUUACCUUGGAAGUGACCACCAGGAUUCUAUUAUAAACCAUGGGAUUGUUUUUAAAUCUAAAUAACCCUUUAGAAACAAGUAAACACUAAUUUUGCUUGAAGUAAAGGAUUAAGUAUGUGUUCUAGCUGUUUUGCAGGAAUGGGACAUAAAACAACCACCCAUAGCCAUAGAGGAAUGCUAGUAUGAUUCUUAAUGCUAGUAAGUGUCUUUGGAAAAGUAAAAUACUUUUUUGGGGGAGAUUGUUUUUUUGGAAAUUACAACUCCUAUUCCUGCCUUAAUGUUCAUCCGUAUAUAGUUUAGCUUCCUCUACUGUUGGGGUAAUGUUUGAUAAAAGGUUCAUUUCUAGCACUAGCUUGCAAUAUUUUACACUACAUGGGCUUGCUGUUCAUAAUCACUAAAUCUUUUAAAUGACACUAAUAUAAAAUCCAGAAAGUAACAAUUUCAGAGAUUGGGGGCAUGGAAAGCUGAUAUCGUAAGAUAACAGUAUUACUACUGGGGAGGAUCAGUGUUCACAAUGCUGGAAUAGGGGUGUUAGUGUAGUACCAGUGUUACCUUGGAUGGAUAAAACCAAUCAAACAAAUGCACAUAAUAAAGCACACCUCAGUACCUGGGGCAGGGAUUAUUAUUGGUUUUGCAUUGUUGUCACAAAAUGUCCAUCUGUGUUGCUGUCAAAGUCAGCCAAAGUGGAGCACAAUUACAGAAGAUGUGCACCAGAUCCCAAGACCAAGCACAGUCUGUUGAGGGACAAGUCUUGAGUCUUUGCUGUUUAUUUAUAAAUAGGGUGCCUUUUGUAUAUCCCAACAAAAAAGAAGUAAACCAAAGCAAGUUAUUUAUAUU